CAACAAUCCAAACCCAACCAUCUUGUUGCGCGCCAGCUUUCUUCCCGGAUGGCUCCACCGGGGACGGCGCCGCCUCCUGUCGCCCGCGCUCCGUCAGGCCCGGCCCACGCGUCUGAGCGAGCCGUCAGCCCGCCAGCGCCCAGGCUCCGCCGACCCCGGGCACCGCGCUCCGCGCCGCGCGCAGCCCCUCGGGAAGGGAGGGAAGCGAGCAGCCCGGGACCCUCCCCUCCUCCAGGCGCACCGCGGGCGGUGGCAAUUAUUGGUGGCGGUUGUUGACACCGGAAGGACUCCCGCCUCACCUCACCCACAGCCCCCCACCCCCACCCAGGGACAGGCGAGACUCGGGAGACGGAACAAAGGCGAAGCCCGGCCGAGGGGGCGGGCCGAGGUGCCGGGAGAGGAGGGCGCUGGGGCGGGGCACGGCUGGCGCCGCGAGUCCAUUUUGCCGCCGUGCCCAGCCGGUAACGCGCGGUCCGCCGGCUGGAGGACAGGCGGCCGCGCGGCUCCAGGUGGGGCCCCUCCCGCGGCCCCCCGAGUAGCCUCGUUUGAUUGUCAAUCACAAAGUGAGAAAAAAAACAAAAACCUGAUUGCUUUGUCCUGGGAAAUAGUAACCCUGACGAAUACACCUGCCCGCAGGGGACAGAGGAUGUGAUGGAGCUGCUUGAAGAAGAUCUCACGUGCCCAAUUUGUUGCAGUCUGUUCGAUGAUCCGCGAGUUUUGCCUUGCUCACACAACUUUUGCAAAAAAUGCUUAGAAGGGAUCUUAGAGGGGACUGUGCGGAAUUCCUUGUGGAGAUCCUCUCCAUUCAAGUGCCCUACAUGCCGUAAGGAAACUUCAGCUACUGGAGUCAAUAGCCUGCAGGUUAAUUACUCCCUGAAGGGUAUUGUAGAAAAGUAUAACAAGAUCAAAAUCUCUCCCAAAAUGCCGGUGUGCAAAGGACACUUGGGGCAGCCUCUCAACAUUUUCUGCCUGACUGAUAUGCAACUGAUUUGUGGGAUCUGUGCUACUCGUGGUGACCACACCAAGCAUGUCUUCUGUUCUAUUGAAGAUGCCUAUGCUCAGGAAAGAGAUGCCUUUGAGUCCCUCUUCCAGAGCUUUGAGACCUGGCGUCGGGGAGAUGCUCUUUCUCGCUUGGAUACCUUGGAAACUAGCAAAAGGAAAUCUCUACAGUUACUGACUAAAGAUUCAGAUAAAGUAAAGGAGUUUUUUGAGAAGUUACAACAUACAUUAGAUCAAAAAAAGAAUGAAAUCCUGUCUGACUUUGAGACCAUGAAACUUGCAGUUAUGCAAGCCUAUGACCCAGAGAUCAACAAACUCAACACCAUCUUGCAGGAACAACGAAUGGCCUUUAACAUUGCUGAGGCUUUCAAAGACGUGUCAGAACCCAUCAUAUUUCUGCAACAGAUGCAGGAGUUCAGGGAGAAAAUAAAAGUAAUCAAGGAAACUCCUUUACCUCCCUCCAAUUUGCCCACAAGCCCUUUAAUGAAGAACUUUGAUACCAGCCAGUGGGAAGACAUAAAACUAGUAGAUGUGGAUAAACUUUCUUUGCCUCAAGACACUGGCAUAUUCAUUAGCAAGAUUCCCUGGAGCUUUUAUCAGUUAUUUGUGGUAGUCAUUCUGCUUAGCUUUCUUAUUUUCUUUGGUCCCACUAUAUUCCUAGAAGGGUCUUUAUUUGAUGAAUUCACAAGUUGGAAAGACCAUCUCUCAAACUUCAGUUCCUAUCUGACUAAAUCAGCUGAUUUUGUAGAACAGUCAAUGUUUUACUGGGAACAGGUGAUGGAUGGGUUUUACAUUUUCAGUGAAAGAUUUAAGAAUUUUACUUUGGUGGUGCUGAACAAUGUGGCAGAAUUUGUGUGCAAAUAUAAACUAUUAUAAAAUCUGUUGCAAGUGUAUAGUUCUCUGUCUUUUGUUAGAAAUUUGUUAAAGAGCUGAGUGGUAGUUCAGAUUUGGUCAAGAUUUCAGUCAGGUAUCUUCCUACAAAAGUAUUCCUUUCAAAAAUAAUGUCCUAUACAUGUUGUUCAAAUUAGGUAGCAUAAAGAUAAAUGUGAGAUUUAAUACUAAGUCCUGAACCCUCCUUCCUUUUUAAAUAGUGCUUUUGUAAAACGCCUCCUACCCCCAAUAUUGGUUGUGUUCAUGCUGUGGAAAAGAGGUGAAAGAAGAGCACAUGAUCUAAUAUUAUGUAAAUGAGGUAGUGUAACAGUGAUUGUUCAUUUAAGCAUGUAAUAAAGCCUACUCUUGUAAAGCAA